CCUCUUACAAAACUUUGACUCUACUCAGAAUCAAAAACACACACACACACCAAAAAAAAACAAAGAAGAAGCAAAAACUAAAGGACUUUGAGAUGGAAAACGGAAACUCCUCCUCCGGCGACAACAAGGCUACACCAAAACCGAUCCGAUGCAAAGCUGCGGUUUGUAGGAAGGCUGGUGAGCCUUUGGUGAUGGAAGAGAUCAUGGUUGCGCCGCCGCAGCCUUACGAGGUUCGGAUUCGAGUCAUCUGCACCGCGCUAUGUCACAGUGACGUCACUUUCUGGAAACUCCAAGUUCCUCCGGCCUGCUUCCCGAGGAUUCUAGGCCACGAGUCAAUAGGAGUGGUGGAAAGUGUUGGUGAAAACGUAACGCAAGUGGUAGAAGGAGACACUGUACUACCAACGUUCAUUGCUGACUGUGGUGAAUGUGUUGAUUGCAAAUCUCACAAAAGCAACUUGUGUAGCAAAUUUCCUUUCAAAGUAUCGCCAUGGAUGCCAAGAUACGAAAAUUCAAGCAGAUUCACUGACCUCAAUGGAGAAACUAUCUUUCAUUUCUUGAAUGUCUCUAGCUUCAGUGAAUACACUGUUCUUGAUGUCGCUAACGUUGUUAAGAUCGAUUCUUCGAUACCUCCUAGUCGUGCUUGUCUCCUCAGCUGUGGAGUCUCUACCGGUGUUGGUGCUGCUUUGGAGACUGCCAAAGUUGAACAAGGAUCAACUGUUGUGAUUUUUGGACUUGGUUCUAUUGGAUUAGCGGUUGCUGAGGGUGCAAGACUUUGUGGUGCCUCUAGAAUCAUUGGUGUGGAUAUAAACCCUGCCAAAUUCCAAGUUGCCCAAAAAUUUGGAGUUACCGAGUUUGUAAACUCGAUGACAUGCGGAAAUAAGCGUGUUAGCGAGGUGAUCAAUGAGAUGACUGGUGGGGGAGCAGACUAUUGCUUUGAGUGUGUUGGAAUUAGUGCUUUGGUUCAAGAAGCUUAUGCUUGCUGUAGACAGGGAUGGGGAAAGACGAUAACUUUGGGUGUGGACAAGCCGGGUUCACAGAUAUGUUUAGAUUCGUUUGAUGUUCUUCACCAUGGGAAGACAUUGGUGGGUUCGUUGUUUGGAGGUUUGAAGGCUAAAACACACAUUCCCGUUCUUCUCAAACGCUAUUUGAGCAAUGAGCUUGAAUUGGAUAAGUUUGUGACACAUGAGAUGAAAUUUGAGGACAUUAACGACGCGUUCCAGCUACUCAUUGAAGGGAAAUGUAUCAGGUGUGUCUUGUGGAUGGGCUAAAUGAAUUGACUUAUUUGAUAUUUCCUAUCUUUUACAUUAAUGUCAUAUGUUUCAUGUUCAACUAUUUUUAUUGGUUUGUAAUCAGAACAAGCAAAUUACCAAAGAGCAAGCAAAAUAAAAUCUCAAUGGGUUGUAAUGAAA